AUGGCGAACCCAUACGAGAAGUGGGAGGAUUCCUUCAAGGAGAAACCAUUUGAGUUUUCCCACGUCCCCACCGCGCUGCAGGCAUCUGCAGAAGGGCACACCACCAUGAUCACUCCUUUCGCCGAGCCACAAACAACGUACACCUCCGCGGGUCAACCUGACCAGCCUAGGCAGACGCUGGGCCACACAGACACGAGUCAGGCGUAUGCUUCGCAACAACAGUUCUACGACGGCUCCAGCGCUCCAGGUUCACUAGCGCAACCACUUCCACCGUCUCCAGCAUUGCCCGUCAGAGAGCAAUACACACAAACGGCAGACCAGCAACAACAAGAGCAGCGACAUGAGCAAACGACAUCGGUCUCCAAGUUUUGGACCAUUGAAUUUUACCAGCAAUUUUUUGAUGUUGACACCCGGCUUGUGCUUUUGCGAAUGAGCAACGCCUUGGUGCCUGUCAAGCCCCCAGACUUUUUGAUGGAUCGUGAGUGGCGUAACUACGCCGUGCAGACCCCGCCAUAUGAGUUGCAAGAGACAGGUGUGGAGUUGUCAGGAAAACCCGACUUGUACGGCCCCUUUUGGAUCUCCACAACCUUGUGGAUGACACUGGGAGUUGUGAGCAAUGUUAUGAGUAGGAUUGCGUUUAGUCAUCGGGCAUCGGAUAGCGAAGAAAAGUGGAAGUAUGACUUUACAAUGGCAUCCAUUGCCAGUAUUGUUAUUUACAUCUAUUGCUUUGGACUGAGCUGUUUUGUGUGGGGGAUGAUGAAGUAUAAGGAGCUACCCGUCUCAUUGUUGGACACGCUUUGCCUCUACGGGUAUAGCAUGUUUAUUUUUCUGCCAGUGGUGAUUCUCUGUACAAUUCCGGUUUCCGCGCUCCAAUGGGUUAUUGUGAUGGUCGGCGGGGUUUGGUCCACUGCCUUUUUGCUCAUUAACUUCUGGCGUCUCUGGGAGGCAACGCUGAGUCGUGUUUGGUUCAUGGGCAUUGUCGCCGUCGUGAGUGUAUUUCACAUGCUGCUGACGAUGUCCUUCAAGUUUUACUUCCUGCGAUACAAGUUUUAG